AUGAGAUGUUAUUAUUCUCUUUAUGAUUUGUCAUCUAUUUUUACAAUAGUUUUAAUGAGGAAGAAUAAGUAAUUAUUCGAAUUAAUUUACAGAGUACUCUAUCAAAUCCAAUAAGGGAAUACUAUUUAAAUGAAUAUGAAAUGGAUAAUUAAUACAAUCCAUACACUUAUAUUUAGAUGAAUGAGAUAAAACAAUGUUAAUUGAGUAGAUAAAUAUAACUAAUGAUAUGUUAUUAAGAGUUGGGUGAUAAUGAAACAAAUUUGAUAUACUUAGGUAGAUUAUAAAGCUGUAAUUUGUAUAAAAUUAGGAUAUUUUCAAGUGAAUUUUUAAUAGUUACUAUAAAUUUGUAUAUAACUCAAUUUUCAUGGUAUAUUGUAAGUAAAGAGAAAGAUGAAAUUGAGAAAUAGCAUGUUUAUAAAAUACUAAGAAAUCGAAUAAAAAGAUUGUAUUAUUAUAAGUGA